UUGCAAGAAGACCCUCCUGUGGGUGUCAGUGGUGCACCAUCUGAGAACAACAUCAUGCAGUGGAACGCAGUUAUAUUUGGGCCAGAAGGGACACCUUUUGAAGAUGGUACUUUUAAACUAGUAAUAGAAUUUUCAGAAGAAUAUCCCAACAAGCCUCCAACUGUUAGGUUUUUAUCAAAAAUGUUCCAUCCAAACGUGUACGCGGAUGGUAGCAUAUGUUUAGAUAUUCUUCAGAACCGCUGGAGUCCAACAUAUGAUGUUUCAUCUAUUUUAACUUCAAUUCAGUCUCUGCUUGAUGAACCUAACCCAAACAGCCCAGCCAACAGCCAGGCAGCACAACUCUACCAGGAGAACAAACGGGAAUAUGAGAAAAGAGUCUCAGCCAUUGUUGAACAAAGUUGGAAUGAUUCGUAACAGCCGCUUUGUUACUCUCCCUCCUCGUAAUCAUGUACCAUUUAACUCUCAAUAGAAAGGCUACCACAGAUUUCAAGUGCCACAGUUCUAUGAAUUUGCAUCAAAACUCAUUUGCAACCAAAAUUUAAGCCCUCCAGUUUAGGAAACUUUAAAGCUUGUGUAUCUUGAUUAACGUCCUUUUUAUUGCAUGGUCUGAACUAAGUUAUUGCUACAUAAAUUUGUAAUAUAUCCUGUUUGUAUUUUUUUUCCAAGUGUAUAAUGUUGGUGUGGAGUUUUCAUGACAGAAUAUACACAUUUUGUAAAUCUGUACUUUUUCAAAUAUUGAAUGCCUUAUUUUUGAAUUCUUUAGAUUUUUAAAUUGGAGAAAAGCACUUAACAAAGUUUUUAUAUAUAACUAUUUCAUGUACAACUGUUAAAUACAUAACCUUAGUGCAAGA